UUUACGCGAAGCCGGAAGUAGUCAGGAGUGAAUCAUCUCAAUUUAGCACGUAGCGAGUUGACGCACCACACCCACUGAACAGAUCAGACAAGAUCAUACAGGUACCACACAGUCCCGUUAUAACCCAUCCCUUAUGGUUGUAUAUAUAUUUAUGUCCCUCACUAAAUAAAUAAAUCAUACAGUAAUAUUUUAAAGCUAAUUUAACGAUUUAUUUUGUAUGUUUUAGCAGUUUACACUCAGGCUCCUGACGCGCCACCUAAAGGGUCCUUCCCCCGAAACAGCAAGAGUUACGAACAUGCUCACGACCAUGAAUGUAAAAAUGUGUUUUCUAACUUUAAAGUGCUUAACAGUUGACACCACAGUAUAUUAAUAUGAUAACUGACUUCACUUUACGUUUAUUAUUUUGACGCUGUUACGACUUUCCUGUUCUUACUUUGCGGGAAAUUGUUCAACCUGAUGCAAAAUGAGCUCUGAGGUGUGCCCGUUCUGCGGGAAAACUUACAAAAGGUUAAAGAGUCACCUGCCACAUUGUAAGGCAGCGGCGAGCUCCAAAACGCCUCCGACCAAACAUGAUGUCACGGUGAAUCAGACAGCAUCGUCUACUCAGCUGGACUCAACAGCAGAGUCCACAGACAUGCUGACAAGUCUGCAAUCAAAUAAGAGUAAAAAGAAGUCAGCAGCAUCACAGUCAUUGUCCCCGAGUUCUGCAUCACCUCCAUCAACAGCGAAGAAGAACAAGAAGAAACUGUCAGAGCAAAUCAAGACAGCCAGCAUACCUACGGCCACCUCUAAGCCCAAAAAACAAAGUCUCCGCGCUUUGAUAGAAGCUGCGAGGUCCGAACCGGUUUCUACGGGGUCACUGGAGGGAACAGGAACCGCCUCAGAGGAGCGGCUUUCAAGUUCAACUCCACUUGUAGCCGAUCCUCUAACCUCCAGAACCACAGCCGAGACCAAAACGAAUCCUGACAAAGACUCGGUCCAAGACAACGCCCAUGCUGCCUUUCCGUCCGCCGACUCCAAACCCAAAGCUGCCACUAGAAAGAAGACGAAGAAAAGCAUUCCCACAGCCAAAGAUACCUCCAACUCUCUGCACUCUGAAGUUAAUAAAAGUGGUGCAAGUUCUCGAGUGAAAGACAACUUCUGGGUGGACAGUGAGGGGGAAGUUGAGGAUUUAAAGAUGAAAUCAUUGAGUGGUCUCCAAACCAGGAUUACACUCCAGGAUGUUAAAGCCACGUUAGGCCGAGCUAAAGAUGGACGUCAGUCCAAGAGGCCGAGCAUCCUGAGCCAGAUCCAAGCUGAUCAAAAAAUCAGUCCAGUUCCCCUCCCAGCAGAUAGCAGCUUGGUAACUAAAACUCAACAGCCUACAGCGUUACAACCAGUCAGCAGAAACAGUUUAAAGUCAGCUUUAAUCCCCCUGCAGCAGCUUGAAAUUAGCUCGCCUGCAGCUCCCCUCCUCUCACCGUCCCAGGUGGGCAAAGCCGUCAGUGUGAACGAGGCUCUGAAGGAGACCAAACUCCUCACAAUAUCUCCAUCACUCAUUAAGUUUUCCAGGGCGGAGCCGCUGAGAGCUGAUGGAGGGUUGAAGUCGCAGCUCGAGAUUAGGAAAGAAAACACUGCUGAUAAUAAAGCUGCAGGUGCUGUGACUCAGCGCAGCCUUGGACAGGUGAAACUGAGGGAGUUACCUGAGUGGCUGGCCUGCAGAACCCCGAGCCAUCCGAAACAAGUGGUGGAGAUGGUGCAAAGCGGCUGGCAGUGGUAUUAUAAGAGGUACAUUGACGUGAGGAGAGGAGGUGUCGGUGGACUAGGCAUGCUGUUAGCAGGAUACUGCGUGCUCAGCUACAUCUGGAGUUACCCUCAUAUCAAGCGUGAUCGCUGGAGGAAGUACCACUAAUGUCAAGUGUGAUUGUAUGAGGAAACAGCAACUCCGACAAACUGUAAAGCAUCUGUUCUGUCCACAUCCAAACAUGUCCACAGGAUUUAUGUCUGAGAAGUUUAAACUGUUUAUUUCUUGUCAACAGGGUCGCUCUUCCUCUCAGAUCAGUCUGUUUCCUGCUACGGGAUUGGUGAUCAAACAAGUUCAACAAUUUGGAAAAUAUGCUUAUUUGAUCCAUAAGACUCUUGGCAUGAAGAUCAGAAACGGGGACAAAAUUUGAUAAAAACCAUCCACCUACCAGCAACUUUAAGGCUCAUAUAUUACCACGUUCUUCUUAUUUUUUCUGUUUUGUGCAGACAGUUUUAUCAGGUCAAUUUUGUUUUUUUCUGGGCCACUGUGAUCAGUAACUUCCUGUGCUAAUUAGUGCACUUUAAAGGUGCUGGUACACAAAUUUUGUCACCAUUUGACAGAACUAGAGUUGCUCGAGAGCCGAGGAGACGGGGUUCCUGACUCACAAAAUGACGCUAAGAAAAACCACAAAAGGAUGACAAAUUAACGACAAAGUGAGAAUAAAGGGAAACAAAAUGACUGAAGGGGUGUAAGAUUACCACAAAGACAUGCCCAAAGACUUAAAAAUAGAUGCAAAGUGACACAAAACGACUUCAAGGAAACACAGAAUGACUAAAAGUAGACUCUGAGUUUGGGCGUUUUGUUCCCAUGUAGAGCGGAUAAAAGUAUUCAGAUCUCUUACUUCAUUAAAAGUAAUAAUACCAAAGUGUGAGUUACUUCACUAGAAGUAAGUCAAAAAAGUAUCAAAAUGUACUUAAAGUGUCAAAAGUAAAAGUAUUUGUUCUGCAGAAUGAACCCACUCAGACUGUUUUAUAAACUACCACUCAAAAGUUUGGGGUCAGUUAGAAAUGUCCUUAUUUUUUAAAGAAAAGCACAAAUUUUUAAAAUUAAAAUAACAGACCUACAUUUUCUGGGUGACCCCAAACUUUUGAGCACUAGUGUAUCUUCUAAAUAUAUUAUUGGAUUAGUAUUUUUGAUGCAUUUAUGUUAGCAGCAUAUUUAUUUUGUAAAGAAAGGGCUCAUUUUAACUUCUUAAUAAACUCUUAUGAAGUUUAGUUUUAAAAAAUAUGUCUAAUCACUUUAAAUUAAUCAUGUUUUUAUGUUAAAGCUCAACCUUAAAAGUAGCUGGCAGCUAAAUGUAGUGGAGUAAAAAGGACAAUAUCUCCCUCUAAAAAGGUAGUAAAGUAGAAGUAUAAAGUUACAUAAAAUGUAAAUUAAUGCACAGAUUAUGGUAUUAUACAGAAUAUGAUUUUCUGCCCGAAAGUGAAUGAACAAAUUUCCCAAAUUGUUGAACUAUUUCUUAGAAAACUUGAAAUUAUGAUACCAGCAGUUUUUAUUCCCAACUGAAGUGAAAUAAUAUAUUUAUCUCAUCUAUGGCUAUAUUAUUUAAUUAAAUGUUGUCAUGUUUUAGUUUGAGGACGUUAUUAAAUUUAUUGGGAUUUUAUUUUGUGUUUUUGGUUAGAUUCCCACUGGGCUCCACUAGGUGUCACUGUUGAGUUGUGUUCCUGAAACCAAAGAGGCAGGGCUGUCAAAUGUUUGCUAUGCGGAGUUUUCUUAGCUCCUUUGUGCAGAGGCAUUGGUGCUGGGCUCCAUGAAGGGAUUAAAGGGAACCAACAGAUUUUUAACUUGAUUAAAAAAAAAAAAAACGCACUCUGGCAGCGGUGAGGUGGAGGAACAUGAAAUUCAAAAUGUCCUGACUUCAGUAUCCGUGAACAGAUCCUAUCUGUGUAGCAGGGGGUUACAAAUCUGUUUUUCUUUCACAAACGCUCUCCCUGUCACAUGAUGUUAUUAUGCAUGCUCAGGCCGUCAGAAUAGUAAUGCAGUGGACGCUGAAGGAGGUUUUCUCUGUAGCGAACCAGUUUGUUGUUGUAUUCAAAAUGAAUUUAUUAUUGACUCUCUUUGCUGCUGUAGUGAACACACAUUAGCUACAAAUGAAGAAAUUACAGUAUUUUUGUAACGUUUUUGUUCUUGAACGCCUCUUCUUAUCCAACACAAUAAAAAAUAAUUUCCACCAUCAUGUUUUUGUUUUU